AGUAUAGAUUUUGAGAAGAAAAAGAAGAAAGUAGAAUGAAAAAGUAGGUGAAGAAGAUAAGAUGAGUAAGCAAAUUGUGAUCACCUAUCUUUGCUUUUCUUCUCAAUUACUUUACUCUAAAUUUCCCAUCUUCUGAUUCUGAUUCUUUCUCUUGUAAGAUCCAAAAAAUGGGUAACAGAAGAGAAGAAAAACCAAUAAUUGAGUCUUCCAUGGAUGAAUGAUUAGCUUCAUUCACAGAACAAAGUAACAGAAAUGGGUUCUGCAAGUAACUCCAAUCCAAAUCCAUAUCCAUGGACUCCAAAGGAUUGUUCUGAAGGAAUCUGCAGCAUCUACUGCCCCCAGUGGUGUUACAUAGUCUACUCUCCUCCUCCUCCUUCUCUCUUCUUUGGUGCUGAUUCUGAUGCUGAUGAUCCUUCAGGAUUUGAGUUUUCUCCUCUCAUAGUUGCUGUUAUUGGAAUAUUAGCCAGCACUUUCAUCUUGGUCACAUACUACACCAUCAUCUCAAGGUUCUGCAGACGCAGCAGCACCAUGCAAUCAAAUGAUUCUGCACCAGAAGAAGAUGGGAGCAGUGAACUGGGUCAGGUUUCUUCUUCCUCAAAUUCUGGUUUGGAUGAGGCUCUCAUCAAAUCCAUCAAAGUCUGCAAGUACACAAAAGGGGUGGUGGAGGCUCAUGAUUGUUCAGUUUGUUUGAGUGAGUUUGAAGAGAAUGAGAGUUUGAGAUUGUUGCCAAAAUGCAACCAUGCUUUUCAUCUCCCUUGCAUUGAUCCUUGGCUCAAAUCUCAUGCCACUUGCCCCUUGUGCCGUUCCACCAUCACCAUUGUUUGCCCAAAUCCUGCCAUGGAACCACCACCAACACUCACUGUUAAUGCCUUGGAAUACCAGCAUAGAAGUAGCCAUGUUCUUGUUGUGGUUGUUCAGAGCUCUGAGCAGCAGCAUAAGGUGCUAAGUUUUGAUUCUCACACUUUCAAUGAGACUGAAGGGUAGAUGAACUUAGAUCUAUGUUCAUAAGAUUCUGUUCUUCCAAAUUCAUGAGAGUUGGUUUAGGCAAGAGGAACUCCACAAGUAUCAAGUUUCUUCUGAAUGUCCUUACAUUACAUCUUUCUGUAUAGUUCUGAAUAUUGGUAGAUAAUUUUUGUCAAGCUUUGAUCAAUCUCCUUUUGGAAACGAAACAAAGAAAUGAUUCUUUCA